UAACGGUGAGCUCCAUUCUGAGGUGCCGGGAGGCAGAACGGGAGGUGAAGCACUCCUGUCGGGUGUACCGUCACGGUUGUUCAGCGGAGAAGAGAAGCCAAGGGUGGUGCUGCGAAAACACAAAAAGUGUCAGGUAAGUAUGAACGGUGCCACGGAAGUCACCAGGAGGCGGGUCCAAAAUGGCAGCCACAGCAAAUUGGCGUCCGACAAGAUGGCAGAGCCUGCGCAGUGGGGGAGAGCCUGGGAGGUGGACUGGUUUUCUCUGCUGAGCGUGGUGGCCCUGCUAUGCUUUGCGCCGUUCAUCGUCUUUUUUUUCGUGAUGGCCUGCGACCAGUACCAGUGUUCGGUCACGCAGCCCCUCUUGGAGCUCUACGGCGGCGAGACCACCCUCCUCUCCAUCUGGGCCCGCGUACCCUUUGUCACCUGGUCGGCCGCCAAGAUCUACGCCGUGUGGGUCAUUUUCCAGGUGGUGUUGUACAUGUGCUUGCCCGACAUCCUGCACAAAGUGCUCCCCGGUUACGUCGGGGGAGUCCAGGACGGCGCCCGAACCCCCGCAGGUAUCAUCAACAAGUACGAGAUCAACGGGCUGCAGUGCUGGCUCAUCACGCACGUCCUGUGGCUGGCCAACGCCCGCUACUUCCGCUGGUUCUCGCCCACCAUCAUUUUUGACAACUGGAUCCCGCUCAUGUGGUGCGCCAACGUGCUGGGUUACGCCGUGGCCACCUUCGCAUUUGUCAAGGCCUACUUAUUCCCCACCAACCCGGAGGACUGUAAGUUCACGGGCAACAUUUUCUACAACUACAUGAUGGGCAUCGAGUUCAACCCACGCGUGGGCAAGUGGUUCGACUUCAAGCUGUUCUUCAACGGACGCCCGGGCAUUGUGGCCUGGACGCUCAUCAACCUCUCCUACAUGGCCAAGCAAGAGGAGCUCUACGGCCAAGUGAGCAACUCCAUGCUGCUGGUUAACGUCCUGCAGGCCAUCUAUGUGUUGGAUUUCUUUUGGAACGAAGCGUGGUACCUCAAGACCAUCGAUAUCUGCCACGACCACUUUGGCUGGUACCUGGGCUGGGGCGACUGCGUGUGGCUGCCCUACCUCUACACGCUACAGGGUCUGUAUCUGGUGUACCAUCCGGUGCACCUGUCCUGGGCUCACACCGCGGCCGUGCUGCUGCUGGGCCUGUCGGGCUACUACAUCUUCCGCGCCACCAACCACCAGAAGGACCUGUUCCGCCGCAGCGAGGGCGCCUGCGCCAUCUGGGGCCGUCCCGCCACCUUCAUCGAGUGCUCGUACCGCUCGGCCGACGGCUGCGCGCACCGCAGCAAGCUGCUGACGUCGGGCUUCUGGGGCGUGGCGCGCCACUUCAACUACACGGGCGACCUGAUGGGCUCGCUGGCGUACUGCGCCGCCUGCGGAUUCGGCCACCUACUGCCGUACUUCUACAUCGUCUACAUGAGCAUCCUGCUGGUGCACCGAUGCGUACGGGACGAGCACCGCUGCGGAAGCAAGUACGGCGCCGACUGGAAGCGCUACACGGACGCUGUGCCGCACCGACUCAUCCCAGGAAUCUUCUAGGCCAAGUGGGGGUGCUCAAACGAAGCCACAAAAUAAAGGGCGAUAAAUAAGCCGUCUGAUUUUAAAAAUGCAGACCGACAGUACUUGUAUGCAGGGUUGCCAAGGGAGAGAAAAUUUUCGAUCGGUCAAUGUACUGACGUGUUGUAUCAUUUUAAAACGCGCGUACCUACUCGAGGGCUUCAAAGGGACUGGACAUUUCUAGCAACUUCCAUUUUUUUUUUCCAGAUCGUUUUAAAAAGUGCAUACGGUGCCUACGUAAGGUUCCAGUGGAAUGGAACAUUUCCGGCCCACAAAAUAAUUGCCUAGUCAACUUCAUUGUGGCGAUUUGCCCAUGUGGUAUCGAUACGGAACGGACGGUUGGACUCGACUCAAAUUUGGAAACUUCAGAUGAGCGUGUGUAAGGGGACAGUGGGAAAAAGUUUACAUGUCACACCAGACGAUGCCGCUGACAUCAUCUUAUUAUCUCACCAGCGUGAAGAUGCCGUCUCUUACGAGCAGUGUGGAAGGGACUACUUAAUGUUCUCUGGACCAGAAAGUGAAUGUGUCGGUAGAUCCAGUUUGUUGCUUUACACUGCCACUUGGGACAUACCAUUUCCAAACCUGAUUUGGAAACAAUUUCAUUGCUUUCUUUUUUUUCUUGUAAUUACCCAGUAGGAAAAAAUGUGCCAAUGCCCUGACCCGAUGACCAAUACUGUGGACCAAAUGUCUUGUAAUCUUACCGCAAGUGAUAAUUCAUGAUGACACGCUACAACGAGCUGCAGGAGACCAAACGAGUUUUGCUGGCAUUUACAAAAUGAUGACAACACAUCUUGUUAAGUUGACAUCUGCGGUUACAUCCCGGUUAAACUUUCUGAUACAACUUGUGUUCAUUUCCUUUCAUCACAUCGAGUUAAAAGUUGUUUUUUGGACAUCCGUGCUAGUUAUGCUGACAUGAUACUUGAAAGGUCAUUUUGGAUCACAAAGGCUGGAAACAUUGGGCGUCAUGUCAAAUACAAAGACACUUAAGUUUAACUUGA